UUUCAUUUUGGCAUGAAAUUGUUUCCGAUCCUCAAGGACGAUGUUCGCAUGCGCCUCGAUCGGUGGCUAAAGGUCAACUUCCAGCGCCCGCAGAGCUUCUUCCAGCGGCAUCUGCGACAGAAGCGAAUAUUUCUCUUCGAUGUACCGACCCAGCGCCGCGUCAAGGUGGACGCGAAGUUUGUCCUCCCCGACGACGCCAAUCUGCGCAUCGGCAUGAACCCGGAGCUGUUCCUUGAGCUAAGCGAUGCUGCCAUAACGCCUUCGUCCACCGAGCACAGCAAUCGCAAGUUGCCGCCAGAGCUGGCGCUGCCAGUGCUUUACGAAGACGACCACCUCGUGGCACUUCACAAACCCGUGCAUCUCGCCGCGCAGCUUGGGACCAACACGACCGAUUCCGUGGCCUCUCGAUACCCGCAUUGGAAGCUCGUACAUCGCUUGGACAAAGGAACGUCUGGCGUGCUACUUCUCGCCAAAACCCGCGUCGCCGCCGCCGAUAUGGCCGCCCUCUUUCGCGACAACCAGGUCCACAAGACAUACAUUGCUCUAGUUCACGGCACGCCUGCGACCGGAUCGAGCGGCACAGUGCACGAACCCAUCGACCUCCAGCCGGCCCAGACAUCGUACAAAGUGCUGCCUCGCUCGAAACGCGAUCCGCCGUCGACCUCGUGGCUGGAGCUGCACCCCCACACUGGGCGCAAACAUCAACUGCGCCGCCAUUGCGCCGACGUUCUGCGGGCUCCUAUCGUAGGCGACGUUCGCUACGGCCUUAACUCGUCCUGGAAGAAUGGCAAUAGCCAGCCAUCGCAUGACAAGUGGGUUGAAAGAGAUGGCCGCAUGAUGCUGCACGCACACGCAAUUCGCUUUGUCCACCCGUGUACCCAACAGCUCGUACGCGUCCAAUGUGUGGACAUGGCUUUUCCGACGCUGAAAACGUCACCAAAGCCUUACUAAAACAUAUCUUUUAGAAUCUCUACUAGUUCCCCCUAGUACCCUAGAUUCCUUCUCCGAGUACAGCAAACAAUGGCCACAGAUAACGUACUGUAGCUGUGAUUCCAAUACAGUACUCUAUUCUUGCCAACAUGAACGGGUG